UUUGAAAUGCAAAGUAAAGCAGAAUAGUGGUAUGCUUUGCUUUAAACAUAAACAAGCCCAGCACAGUCAAGGUCAUCAAAGUGACUGAAAUCAGUUUUCGACAUUUAUGUACUUUUGUUUUUUGUUGUUGCAAAUCGUGAAAUUUUGUGAACCAAAUCAUGUUCAUCCAUGAAAGCAAAAGAUUACAUAUUGCAUACGAAUGUUUUAUAAUGUGCAUAGUAUUUGUGUGUGCAUAGCUGAUUUGUGGAACAACAUCAAGACGCACACCACAAAUAGGAGGAGGAGCUCGGCCAAACACCCAAAAAGGGUGUACGCGCCAAAUAUAGCUGAUAUAAAGAAAAACAAUCACCGUAAAAUAUCAGGCGGUAAGAAUUUGACCAUGGAUUGUGGACUCUUAAGUCUCUUCGAUCCCGAUGAGGGAAUCCAUGAUAUCGACAAAACAAAUAACAACCGUCCAACUCGGAGAAGUGAAGCAAAAAAUCGCAAGUCCGUGGGAAAAUCAAAAGUAAGCUCACAUAAAAAGGUCAGUGAUUGCGGGAGUGGCAGUAGCAGCGAAGGAGAAUUAGAUAUGCAGAAUAACAAAAUUAUUAUUGAUUUCGAUCGUGGUAUUUUGCCACCCGAACCGCAAUUAGGAAAUAUUGAGUACAAACUGAAACUAAUCAGUCCAUCUAAGCAUCGCUUUGAACACCUUGUUACACAAAUGAAAUGGAGACUUCGGGAAGGCAAUGGUGAAGCAGUUUACGAAAUAGGCGUAUCUGACUCCGGGCAUUUACACGGACUUAACGAAAAGGAUAUGAACGCUUCACUGACCACACUUAAACAAAUGGCCCAAAAGUUAGGCGCCAGUACCUCAGUUUUACGACGGAAAUAUGUUGCUACACGUCGAUCGGUGGCUGAGGUUUUAGUUCGCAAAAUACCUGACGAUCAACAUAAUAUUGAGAUUCGAGUUGCAGUGCUUGGUGGCGCCGAGGCUGGCAAAUCCACACUGCUAGGUGUGCUUACACAGGGCGAAUUUGACAAUGGGCGUGGCUUGGCUCGGCUUAUUAUGUUUAGGCAUAUGCACGAAAUUCAAUCGGGUCGCACUUCUAGCAUAUCACACGAGACUCUUGGAUUCGAUUCUGAGGGUACAAUUAUCAACUACAAAUACAAUGAAAUGAUGACAGCCGAGGAAAUUAGCGAUCGCUCUACAAAGUUGGUCACAUUUAUGGAUUUGGCAGGUCAUAGACGCUACAUGCGAACAACAGUGCAGGCACUGUUAGGCUAUUCACCCCACUACGCUAUGCUGGUCGUAUCUGCUGGAAGCGGAUGUACCGGCACUAGCAAGGAACAUCUCUCUAUUGUCCGCGCUUUGGAUAUGCCGUUCUUUAUCGUGGUCACCAAGACGGAUAUUACUAGUCCGGAUCAAACAGUGCAGGAGCUGCGCCAACUUCUUACUUCGGUAGGAUGCCGAAAGGUGCCGUUUAUAAUUACAAAUGCAGAUGAAGCUAUCUCGGCAGCAUCGAAUCAGGUCUCGGAAAACGUUGUACCGAUAUUUUGCGUUUCAAACGUUACUGGUGCUGGACUCAAUCUUGUUACAAAAUUUCUCUACGUUCUAUCACCGAGUAUAAGUAAUCUUGAAAAAGAGCGUUUAGAACAAGAGUCGAGUGAGUUUCACAUAGACGAAAUUUUUCGAGUAACCGAAGUUGGUCCUGUAGUUGGUGGCUUGCUAGUAAAAGGCGUGCUCACAGAAAAUAUGCAGAUGAAAAUUGGUCCCUUGCCAGACGGAAGCUUUCAUUCCGUUAAUGUACAUACAAUUCAUCGAAACAAGGCACCGUGCCGUGUAGUGCGUGCGGGCCAAAGUGCUUCUCUAUCUUUCACUCCCAAUCAGUAUCUUCCUCAGCUUAGAAGUGGUAUGGCACUGUUGGCCGAUACUGGUGAUCCUGGCGACGAACCAUACGGCACACUUUUAUUCCAGGCUGAAGUGUCCGUCCUGUUUCAUGCGACCGCAAUUUACGUAGGUUUCCAGACCACUAUACAUAUAGGCAGUAUUCGUCAAACAGCAAUUAUACGAGCCAUCGAAGAGCGUGAAAAGAUGGGCACCAAUGACAGCGCUUCAGUUUUGUUCCAAUUCUUUGGACAUCCUGAAUAUGUACGACCAGGCAUGCGUAUGCUAUUUCGCGAGGGCACAAGUAAAGGAAUUGGUGUAGUGACGAAAGUAUUUCCUCUCAACAAAUCCGCCGGAUAAAUUGAGUAAAAAUGUAAAUUAACUAAACUACUUAAUUGCGAGAUUUAAUAAAUAUAAUACUUAACUUUA